AUGGACCAAACCAACGACAAACCCUUCCCAUUCCUCUCCCUACCGGGCGAACUCCGCGAGAAAAUCUACACCCACCUCCUCGUCCGGCACCGCAUCCUAAUCAGCUACAACCAAACCCUCCCCUCACGACGAGACCACCAACAAGCCACCCCAUCCAAAAAACCAAAACCAAAACCCACCCUAAAAGGCCUCGUAGCCAUCACCUCGCUCGCCACCUCCCCCAAAACAACAAGCACCACCACCUUCGAACUCCCCACCCCCUACGCCACCCGCAACACUGCCGCCCUCCUCCUCACCUCUCGCCAACUCCACCACGAAGGCACGCACACCCUCUACACCCACAACGUCUUCGACUUCAAAACUAUGCCCGCCGUGCAACCCUUCCUCUCCCUCAUCGGCCCCCGGAACCGCUCCCUCUUGACGUCCAUCCGCCUCUCGAGCUGGAACCGCCUCGGAUGGAAACUCGCCCUGAACGCUCUCGCAGAGACGAAUGUCAGGGAGGUCGAGAUCGCGGUCUGGAAAUUCGAUACGUACGAAGCGCAGUGGGAGGGGUUUUUGAGGGAGUUGGGGGAGGGUUUGGGUGGGGAGGUGGGGAAUGUGAGGUUUUGCGUGGGGGGUGGGGAGGUGUGGGAGAGGGGGAGGGGGAAUGUGCUGGGGAGUGGGGAUGUUGAGGCGGUGGGGUGCAGGGUUCGGCGGGGAGACUGGGGGGUUGUGAGAGGGUGUUGA